AUGAGCGACGUCGAGAAACACUUCCCGCAGGAGGAGAAGCUCGUGGCGGCCGAACACCUCGAACGCGUCUCGAGCGGCGGCGAGGGCGAUGGCCACGUCAAGCUUCCGUCGCGUAUGUUCACGCCGGCGGAGGAGAAGAAGCUCUACAGGAAGGUCGACCUGCGCAUCAUGCCCAUUCUCUCGCUGCUCUACUUGCUCUCGUUCAUGGACAGGGGAAACAUCGGAAACGCCCGCCUUGAGGGUCUCGAGAAGGACUUGAAGCUUACGAGUCAGCAGUACAACACCGCUCUCUCCUGCUUCUUCGUCACCUACUGCCUCUGCGAAGUUCCCGCCAACCUCAUCAUGAAGAAGUUCCGUCGCCCCUCUCGCUGGCUCGGCCUCUGCACAGUCUGCUGGUCGAUUGUUAUGACACUCAUGGGCACGGUCAACUCCUUUGGCGGUCUCGUCGCGACCCGGUUGUUCCUCGGCAUCACGGAGUGCGGUCUCUUCCCAGGCGUAAUCCUGUAUAUCUCGAUUUGGUACCCACGGCACGUCAACAGCCUCCACGAGCUCAGCGGAGUUGAGCCCACGUCGCUGACUCGUCUCCUCACCUUCAGCCACCUCUCCCAGACUCGCGUCGCGCUCUUCUUCGGUGCGGCGACUCUCGCCGGAGCCUUUUCUGGUCUGCUCGCCUACGGCAUCUCCCGCCUCGGCUAUCCCUCUGACGCUCCGCUUCCAGUUCAUGGCGUGAGCUCACCCUUCCUUCUCUUCUUCUUUCUCCAGACGACGCAGACUGACCCGAACACCUACAGCGGUGUCGGUGGCUACAAUGGAUGGCGUUGGAUUUUCAUCCUCGAGGGACUCGCAACGUUCAUCGUCGGCGUCUCCGCCUUCUUCCUCAUCUCCGACUUCCCGGCAGACUGCAAGUGGCUCACGGACGAGGAACGCGAAUGGCUCAUCUACCGCAAGGCCACGGACUCUUCUUCGGUAGGCGAGGCCGAACAUGUGGCAAAGAACCACGUUUGGCAGGCCCUCACGGACUGGCAAACUUACGUCGUGAGCUCCCCUUCCCUCCGUUCACCUUCUAGACGUCUUUGGCUGACUCUCCCUCCUUCUCCUAGGGCACGGCCUCUCUACGCCAUCUCGCUCAUCUCGCCGACGCUCAUCAACUCCUUCGGAAAGUACACCCGCGCGGAAUCUCAACUUAUGACCCUCCCGGUGUAUAUUGCCGCAUGCAUCUUCGUCCUAGUCACGUCUCUGCUCGCCGACCGGCAGAAGAAGCGAUUCGUCUACAUGAUGCUCGACUUGGUGUUGUGCGCGGUUGGAUUGAUCAUCAACCUGACGCCUGCCCCGACUGGAGUCAAGUACUUCGGGCUAAUCCUAACGGCCUGUGGCGCAUACGGUGGACUUCCCACGAGCGUCACCUGGCUUACGAACAACCUCUCUGGGCAAACCAAGCGCGCGACGGGCUCGGCUUUCCAGAUCGGCAUUGGUAAUUUGGGCGCGCUCGCUUCGACCAACGCUUACCGCACGAAGGACAAGCCCCGCUACAUCAUGGGUCACAGUAUCAUGCUUGCCUUCACCGCCAUUGGCCUCGUCGCCGCACCCCUCUACGCCUUCUUGCUCGAGCGCGAGAACAAGAAGAAGCUCGCUUACCAGGCGCUGCCGGACGGUCACCCCGACAAGAAGGUCUGGACGGCGGAGGAGAUUCGGGAGGCUGGAGACAGGGCGCCUGAGUUCAUGUACACCAUCUGA